CCUGCCUCCUUAAUCCAGCUGACCUGCUCCCCAGCUGGGACAGAGUCCCCGACGACCUUUCCCCUCUCCCCUUCCCUCGGCUCCUUCCCUGCUCGACCGAUCCCCUCCCUCCUCGCCAAGUCCAGCUCCGACCGACCGCGUCUGCUUCCGCGGGAUCACAUCGCCGUGACCUCGAGCCAUCAAAUCUCUCAGCGGCGUCCGCGACAGGCCGGGGUACCACCAGCAUGAAGUCUAUGGGCAGCCGCGACAAGCUCGCGGCGGCGUCCGCGGCGUCGGGCCACCGCCGCGCCCUCUUCGUCGUCUUCGCCUUCUGCUUCGCCUUCGCCACCUUCCUCACCUUCCUCUACACCACCUCCCACUUCACGUCCGCGGCCAUGUCCGGCUCCGGCUCGGCCGCGGGGGACUCCGCGUCCUCGACCUCCGUCACCGGGGGCGGCGGCGCCAGCGUAUCGGACUCCGGGUCCACCAAGCUGCCGCUCCCGGUGUUCGACGCGCUGGUCCACUACGCCUCCAUCUCCAACGCGACGCACCGCAUGCCGGACACGGACAUCCGCGCCGUCUCCGCGGUGCUCCGCGCGCGGGCGCCCUGCAACCUCCUCGUCUUCGGCCUCGGCGCCGAGUCCCCGCUCUGGCUGGCGCUCAACCACGGCGGGCGCACCGUGUUCCUGGAGGAGAACGAGUUCUACGUCAAGUACCUGGAGCCCCGGCACCCGGGGCUGGAGGCCUACGACGUCUCCUACACCACCAAGGUGCGCGACUUCCGGGACCUGCUGGCGGCGGCGCGGGCGGCGCGGGCCAAGGAGUGCCGCCCCGUCCAGAACCUCCUCUUCUCCGAGUGCCGCCUCGCCAUCAACGACCUGCCCAACGACCUCUACGACGUCGCCUGGGACAUGGUCCUCAUCGACGGGCCCUCCGGCUGGAACCCCAACUCGCCGGGACGGAUGCCGUCCAUCUUCACCACCGCCGUGCUGGCCCGCUCCGGCGCCACGGCCGCCAAGGGCCCCACGGACGUGCUCGUGCACGACUUCCAGUUCGAGGUGGAGCAGGUGCUGAGCAAGGAGUUCCUCUGCGACGAGAACCGCGUCGCCGGCAGCGGCACCCCGUCGCUCGGCCACUUCGUCAUCCCCGGGGGCGGCGGCAGGAGCGACGCCUUCUGCUCCGCCCAGGAGGAGGGCUCGUCGGAAUCGGGAGAGAAGACCCGCCGCCGCAAGUAAAUUAGUCAACCUCGCCACGGAACCAUUAGCCGCCUCUCCUCUCGGCUAAUUUCCACCUCCUCCUCUCUUCCUCAGCUGUUAAUUUUUUUUCCAUUUUUCUUUGCAUAUAUUAUAUGUUCGUUGUUGUUUUGGGGGCAAUAAUUGUAACAAAAAACCCUGAAAAAGUGAUUUGCCUUCCAUGACAAAAAAGGAGAAGUGAUAAUGAAAAGAAAAAUAUGAGCUUUACACAUCA